GAAGGGGCGGCGUCAAAACUGCCCGCCCAAUCGGAGUGACGCUCUAGUCUUGCCGGGGGACUCGUGGGGUAACUUGCUCUGGGGAGCCAGCGGUAUGGCGUCGGGCUGCAAGAUUGGCCCGUCCAUCCUCAACAGCGACCUGGCCAAUUUAGGGGCCGAGUGCCUCCGGAUGCUAGACUCUGGGGCCGAUUAUCUGCACCUGGAUGUAAUGGACGGGCAUUUUGUUCCCAACAUCACCUUUGGUCACCCUGUGGUAGAAAGCCUUCGAAAGCAGCUAGGCCAGGACCCUUUCUUUGACAUGCACAUGAUGGUGUCCAAGCCCGAACAGUGGGUAAAGCCAAUGGCUGUAGCAGGAGCCAAUCAGUACACCUUUCAUCUCGAGGCUACUGAGAACCCAGGGGCUUUGAUUAAAGAUAUUCGGGAGAAUGGAAUGAAGGUUGGCCUUGCCAUCAAACCAGGAACCUCAGUUGAGUAUUUGGCACCAUGGGCUAAUCAAAUAGAUAUGGCCUUGGUUAUGACAGUGGAACCGGGGUUUGGAGGGCAGAAAUUCAUGGAAGAUAUGAUGCCAAAGGUUCACUGGUUGAGGACCCAGUUCCCAUCUUUGGAUAUAGAGGUCGAUGGUGGAGUAGGUCCUGACACUGUCCAUAAGUGUGCAGAGGCAGGAGCUAACAUGAUUGUGUCUGGCAGUGCUAUUAUGAGGAGUGAAGACCCCAGAUCUGUGAUCAACCUAUUAAGAAAUGUUUGCUCAGAAGCUGCUCAGAAACGUUCUCUUGAUCGAUGAAACCAUAAGGAGCCCAAUGUUUCUGUUCAUGAAAUCUCCCUUUUACUGGAAAACAGGAAUAUUGACUACCAAAUCAUAAUGCAAUUGAAGCUGCACUGCUUUUUUGAGCAGUUAUUCAUUCCAGUGAUUAAAACUGAUUGUGCAGAAUAUUCUAAGAGGUUAGAAAUUGGUGUGUAUAACUAUGUUUUUAGUGAUGCAGCUUAAUGAUUAGUGAGUAAGAUACUGUUUUUAUUGAGAGACUUGAUUUUUAUAAAGAGUAAAUAUACGGCUGUAUUAAGGUUACAAACAAAAAGUGUCUUAAUGCCUAAGGAGGGCAUAUUGACUACACUACAAAAACAAAUUUUGUCUGUACUUCUGAAAAGAAUUUUGUUGUUUCUCAGCUGUUUUCCAAAAGCAAAGGAAGUCUUUAUGGUUUUUUUCUAUUUCAUGUUAUUUGUGAUUUGUUUAUAAGUUUGGGUGGGAUGGCAUACCAUAUUCUUGGUUCUUAAAAUCUAUCACUUUUAACCUUACACUUGAUGUGUGAAAACUAUAAAAACAAUGUAUGAAACCCAGGGGUUCUAAAAUACAAGCAUAGAUUUUAUCAGGGUGUUUUGUCAAAGCAGAUUAUUCAGUGAUUCCUCCCCACCAUUCUUAAGGACGUUAAAUAGUGCUGUUGUGUUAGCUCUGAGUAGAAAGGAAAAAGUAAAACCUCUGUUUGGAAGUAAUACUGGGUUGAAUUCUGACCGCCCCUUUCUAGCUGGACCUUUAACAAAUCACCCAAUCUUUUUUGCAUUUCUCCUAACUCAUUUAUACAUUAAAUGUAAUUAUAACAACUGUGGGGUUGUGUUGAGAAUUAAGAGGUAACACUAUAUACCUAAAGUUUCCAGUACUAGUCCCAGAAUUUAGAAUAUGCUCAAUGCAAAGUAGAUAGCAUUAUAUAAGUUUAUAUUUCAUGAGUUAUAAAGUACUUUGAUAUAUUCUCAUUAAAUCUGUAAAUCACCUCUAUAAGUAAGUGGUAAUAAUAAAGCAGGUAUUUUUGUCCCCAUUUAAAAAA